GCGCUGGCCGCCCCGGCGUCGCGGCGCGCGCGCCGCGGCUCGGCUCGCGCGGAGGACAUGGGCAUGGCUCCAUGCCGCCUGUGACCGCCGGGGCGGCCCCCCACCCCGCAUCGAUGUCCGUGCCCUGGUCGCAGCCGCAUGCCCGCGGGGCGGGCUCGGAGCAGGGUGCGGGCUCCCGGGCGGCCGCUGCGGGGCCAGCAGGCGCCCCGCCGUUGGCGCGCGGGCCGCCGAGCCCGUGGCAGCUCCAUCGGGAGCUCCUGGAGGUUUCCCGCGCCGCGCUGGAGGCGGAGGCGAGGCACGAGGAGCAGCUCGCCCUGCUGCAGCGGCAGCAGCAGACCGAGGCCAUCCGCGCCGAGCUCGAGGGGCGCAAGGCCCUCGCCGUCCUGCAGAUAGAGCGGGAUGCGACCCGGCAGCUGGUGCACCUCGUCUCCAAGUCUCGGGCGAGGAUGGACGCCGUGAGGCGCAAGUUCCAGGAGCGGAGGCUGGCCCUGCAGGCGAGGGAGAAGGAGGCGGCGACUGCGCCCGCGCCGCCGCCCACCUGGCGUCUCGCGGCCCCGCCAGCCACGCAGCUUCCCUCGCCGCGCCGCGCGGGGCCCGUGGCGGCGCCGCGGGAGGCCCCGCGGCAGCCUAGAGGCGUCAGCUACACGCCGACACCGCUGCUGUCCAGGCCCAUUCUGGGCCCAGGCACCUCGAGGAAGCCGACCACGCCAGUCGUGCAGAAGUUUGCGGAGCUGUGCGGCACCCUCCCGGCGCUGGCCGCGGCGCGCGCGCCGUCCGCUCCGCGGGCGGCGGUGGCGGCGGAGGCCAGCACGAGGCCACCGUCGGCGGUGCCCGCGAGGCGAGCCGCCGCGCCGCUGCUCCGCAACGCCUCGGCGGACGCGGUGCUGCAGGCGGCGCCGCCGCGGACGCCCAGGAGCUCCGCGCCGAGGCUGCCGGGGGCGGCGCCGAGCACGAGAGCGUCGACGAGGGCAGCCCUCCCUUUGGUGGGCGCGCCGCUGAGUCCGAGGUCCGUGGGCUCCCUCUGCGUCUCCGCGCAGGCAGGGUGGGUCGACAGACCCAGGUUCGAUGCCCUUGGGUCAACAUCGAGCUCGCCGAGAUUCGGGGCGGAAGAGGAGCGCGGCGCGGCGUGCGCCGCCCUCGCGGCCGCGAGCCCGCGGGCGCCGCUGGGGCGGGGGCCCCCGGCGGACUGCGGCGGCGGCGCCGCGCCGCCGUGGGUGCCCGUGGACGUCCCUGGGCCGCCCAUCUUGCAGGACCCAGCGGGUGGCUUCUGGCACUGGGUGUCCGAGUCCGACGGGGACCCCGCGGAGCCCGAGGGGGACGUCGCUCCCUGCGCCUUCGGCCACCUCGUGCCGGAGUCCAGAACGGCAGCGGCGCCGUCCCCGUACCCCGACAGUGCGUGCGACGGCGACCUGAGCCCGCGGUAUCCCGCCAGCAGGGAGUGCACCUUCUAGUUUCCUGCUGAGAGCUCCUUCCUGGCCGCUCUGCGAGCGACGCGAGAAGGGCGCUUCGAAUUCGUUGCCCCGAGUGUGAAGGCUCGGUGUGGCCUGGCGUUCUGUAUGCUAUCAUUGGUCUGCGCGCUCUGUCGUCUGCCCCUUAUCAUUCUCCUCUUCUCCUUCCUCCUUCUCUCUUGUGCACCCUCUGCUGGCCCCCCACUUCCGUGCACGUGCCCGCUUUGGGCGGAUGUUUUUUUUUCUCGCCAAGGUCACACCAGUGGGCGGCAUCGUGGUCGGCCCACGCAUGCAGGGUGGACGCGC